AUGUUGGUGGGUUCCAUAAUUUUUGCCUACAAGACCUUUACCCUUGUCGAGGCACGAUACCUCCUACUAUUUACAGACUUGGACAGAUUAUCAGGAUACAGUUGGGGCGCUGCUGCGUUGGUUACCCUUCAUCUUGGAGAUGCUUCUAUGUUCAGUUACAAGCAGCUUGGUGAUUAUCCUACUCUCUUACAUUGCUGGAUUCACGAGUAUUUUCCGACACUUGGAAAAAGGGAAGAGAAUUAG